AUGGCGGAGGCCUACAUCAACAAACAGGGAGCCCUGUUGAACUUUCUGUUGAAACUUGGACUGGAGAAAUAUCAUCCCAACAAGCUGACUUCUCAGCAUCUUAGAGAGAUCAACAAAAACAGUUUAUAUGUACAAACAGCUUCAACUCCUGCGGAAAUACCAUGGUGUUUUCUAAGAAAUCUCUACAAAGUCAAUACUGAAUGCAGGAACUCUAUACAGUUAUCAACCAGUGAAGAGGAAAAUUUUGAUCUUUUUGACUUUGACCUUUACACUGACAAUGGUUGUGCAGACAAACAGGUUAACCCUCUUGAUGUCAUUGUUGCUCUUUUUCAUUGUGCCGACAACUUCUUGCAACAGGAAAUGGCCCUCAAGAUGUCAAUGUGUCAACUGUCUGUCCCACUCUUGCUCCCCUCCAGCAACAACAGUCAAAGUACCCUGAUGCUUUGGGCUUUGCGAGACAUCAUGAAAGAAUGGUGUCCACAAGACCUAUCUGACUCAAAGGGGUUUGUUGAGAACAACAUUGUACAAGCAGAUAUACCAUUCUACUCUUUUGUGAGGCUGAGAAACUGCAGUUUAUCCAAGUCCCAGUUAUUGAAUCAGAUCCUCAGCCAUGGCCAACAGAGUCAUAAUAUCUUCCUACACAGAGAUAUGGAUGGAGGAUCAAUCAAGAGAGUAAUAGCUAAUGGACUGGUCGAGGUUUGCUGGUACCUUCCUUGUGGAAAAGAAAAUCUUGAUGUAUUUCCAGAACCAGUGGCUUUCGCCAAUUUGCGAGGAGACAUCUGUGAGUCACUUUCAGAGUUUCAGUUUCUGUUUCAAGUGUCAAAUGCUACAUUCAUAUUCCUGGACAAAGUUGAACAAGAUGAACAUGAAGCUCUGAUGUCCCUAAAAAAUGUGCAAAACAAACUUUUCCUGGUUGUGAACUGCAAGGAUGGAAGCAAAAGCGAGGACAUGACGUCUGUCAAAACAAUACUAAAAGACAUAAAAAUACCAAACAGCAGUGUGACAAUCAAAAAUCCAAAUGUGAAUGGAGCACAGCUCUCAAAAAAACUUUGCACUGCCAUCAAGACGUCUCUCUCAGAUGUCAAAUCUACAGUUAGCAUUGCAAAUAUGGUGAAGACAGCUGUUGAACUUGGAUUUUUUGUGGACGAGAACAAAACAGACGAACAAAAGAAAGCAACUGAGGAGAUCAUCAGUGGCAUUGGAAAUAGAAAUACAAAUUACAAGAAGCAACAACUUCCUCUCCAAGGAGAGGAUUGGAAAAGACUGUCAAAACUACAAAAGAAGGAGUGUAGACUAAAUGUAUCUGAUGAAUCCAGUGUAGAAGAGUAUAAAUGUCAUCUGCAAGAUGAGCAAAGAGCAAUCAGAGAAGAACAAGGAAAACGCAAACUGUCUGAAGGGAUGAAGAUCUUUAUUGAGAAUGUCUCCACAGAAGACAAAGUGAAAAUGAAUGUAUUUCUGAAAUGGAUGAAAAUGAAACUGGACACAGAUUCAAGAGAGAAACUGUCAGAAAUGCGGAAUGAAUAUAAAGAAGUAUGCAAGAAGAAGGAUACAAAUCGCAUUGCAGAGUUGGAUCAAGCUUUGCUGGACAGCUCUUUAGGAAUAGAGCAUUACAUGAGAGAGAUGGGGCUGAUCUAUGAGUUCUCCAUACAGUCUCAGGAAACCACAUAUGACAUAUCUGGUCUCCCUGGCUUGGCUGCUGAGAUGCUGCUGGAUGGAUAUCCUUUGGAGCUCUUGGACGGAGAUGCUUCCAACAUCCCAGAGAAAUGGAUAACAGAUGUGCUGAUGGAGGUCCACAGAAAGGUUGGAGGGCAAAGCAGACUCUUGGUGCUGACUGUGUUGGGUGUUCAAAGCUCUGGAAAAUCAACCCUCCUAAACACCAUGUUCGGAGUGCAGUUUCCUGUCAGCAGUGGGAGAUGCACCAGAGGAGCUUAUAUGCUUUUCCUCAAAGUUGGACAGGAUUUGAAAAGUGAGCUUAACUGUGAUUUCAUAGUUCUCAUUGACACAGAGGGUCUGAAAUCUCCUGAUUUGGCUCGCCAGGAUAACAGUUAUGAGCAUGACAACCAGCUGGCAACCUUUGUCAUUGGUUUAAGCGAUGUUGCUAUUAUCAACAUUGCAAUGGAGAACUCAACUGAAAUGAAAGAUGUCCUACAAAUCACAGCUCAUGCAUUUUUGAGAAUGAAGCAGAUUGGCAAAAAAACAGUUUGUCAUUUUGUCCAUCAGAAUGUUGGUGGAGUUUCAGCUCAUUCAAAGUGCAUGACAGAAAGACAACAUAUCUUGGAUCAACUCAAUGAAAUGACUGUGAUUGCAGCUCAAAUGGAAAAACAACCAAACAUUAAAGCAUUUACAGAUGUGUUGGACUACAACAUCGAAAGAAACAACUGGAACAUACCUGGACUCUGGCAUGGAAUCCCACCAAUGGCAGCAGUGAGCACUGGUUACAGUGAAGCUGUAGCAGAUUUCAAGAGAAAUCUCUUGGAGAAAGUAAAAGAAGACAGAAAUGGUCAACCCUCAACAAUUCCAGAGUUUUUAGAGUGGAUGAGAAGUCUCUGGAAAUCAGUCAAAUUUGAGGACUUCAUCUUCAGCUUCAGAAACACCCUUGUGGCUCAUGCCUAUGACAACCUUUGCAAACAGUUCAAUGAGUGGGAAUGGGAGUUCAGAAAGGAAAUCUUCUCCUGGCAGAGAGGAGCAGAGGUAGAGAUCCUAAACACCGACAAUCAAUCUCAAGAGGACACUUUGAACAAUUUAGUUGUGUCCAAAAAAACAGAAGUGUCCAACAAAAUAGAAAAGCAACAAACUCUCAUGAAGCAGAAGCUCUCAAGUUACUACAGAAGAAAACAUGGACACAUAAAUCUGAUUGAAAAGUACCAAGCUGACUUUUUCAACAAUAUCAAAUGUCUUGCUCGUGAAAUUAAACAUUCUGUGGAUACUGCACUGGACCGUGCACUUCAAAUGAAAGUUAACCGAAAGAAAACUCAAGAAUUACAGAAAAAAUACAGAAGUGUGAUUGAAGAGCAGGUCAUGAAGCUCCUCAGGGACUGCAAAGACCGUUCACUGCCUGAUGAAGAGCUGAAGCAAGAGUUUGAAAAGAUGUGGGAUAAAACCACGGCAGAUGUUUCUGGGCCGAAAGAGCGAGAUGUUGCAGCAAAUGUCCUGAACCAGCUGAGAAAAAAUUUCUCAAACCUGAGUGUCAAUGAAGAGUUGGAGAACACUGACUUGAAGGAAAUAGGGAUUGAGCCAUUUAAAGUAAAGGAAGAACUUACACAUUCCAAAAAGGGUGAAAGUGAUCUGCAGAGUGUUGCAGACAAAGUUAUAGCGUCUUGCACACAGUUCAUAACUGAUAAAGUGAAGACAAAUGUAGACUACCAUGAGUCUUUAGCAAAUGAUCUGCUACAAGAAAUUAAUCAGACCCUUAAAAACUACAAGUGUCAAAACAUAAAACUAUUUGAAAUUGACCUGAAGCUUCAUAUUUGUGGCAUUGCAUCAAGAGAGUUUCAGAAAAUGCACAGAACAUUUCUGUCAGAAAAUGAUCCGAAAACUCAGUUUGAGAAGCACAAAGAUCAGUACCUGACUGACUUUCUUGAUUUAUACAAAAACAAGGACCAAGGCCAACGCAAAGCAAGGGAUUUUGUCAGAGUUUGCAUCAAGCCUGCUGUUAAUGACUACAUCAACAGAUCUCUUGGUAUUGAUAUUGUGGAUGAAAUGUUGAGCAGCUCCAACUCAACAAAGUACAGCUCUCGUAAUUAUUUCCAGUAUAACAUUCAGAAAGAGCUGCUAGAAAAAGAAAGCUUUGAUAGUUUUGUCAAGUACAUUUGCAGCUAUGAAAUUUAUGUAAAGGAUUGGAUAUUAAAGCAAAUUCAAGAAAAUCUCUCAGAGAACAACACACUGGGGAAACUGAAGACCAAGAUUCUGCUGACCAUAGCUGAAAAAAUCUCAGACGCCACAGAAGAAGCAUCAAAAGGAGACAAUGACGUUCCGUUACCAGACAAUACAGAAAGCAUUGCAAAGUUCAUCAGCAACAUGCGAAAAAUUCUGAUUAAAGACAUUUCAAUCUCAGAGGAGGAUGUAAAAACUGUCCUGUUUACAAUCCAAAGCACCUGCCACACAUUUAUCAACAGCUUCAAGAUGGUAUUGGAAGAUCUAAAAGAAGAACUUCAACAUGAAUUUUCACAAAAUGAAAACAUCCCAGAGACAUUAAGCAAACUUUCAAUCAAACCACAGGAUGAACUUUUUCAACGUGUGUUUGGCUGUGGACAGCAGUGUCCAUUUUGUAAAGUUCCCUGUGAAGCUGGAGGAAAAGAGCACAAAGAACAUCAUGCUGCUGUUCAUCGGCCUCAAGGUCUUGGAAAGUACAGGUACAUUUACACUGAAAAGCUUGCUGAAAAACUGUGUACUACGGACGUGCAAAGUAAUUUUCGCUUCAGUAAUACAGAUACUCGAGGGAAGCAGCAACUAUUCAAAGAGUACUCAAAAUACUAUCCAGAGUGGCACAUUCCUCCAGACAGCACCAUCCAGGCUUCUGACUACUGGAAGUAUGUUUUGACGCAGUACAAUGAACGAUUUGCAGAAGAAUACAAGGCAAAGCCAGCUGAUGUUCCAGAGGCCUGGAAGAAGAUCACAAAGGAACAAGCACUGAAAGGCCUGAAAGAAGCUUUCAACAUAAACGGAAUAAAUCUCUCUCUGGGCAAGAAAGAACAAAAGUUCUAA